AUGCCGCUCAAACCGCCCGAGAGCUACGAGCUCGACCAGCCCUUCCUCGAGCGCAAAUCCCUAGACGAAGACGAUGACGGCGACCUUUCCGAUGUUGAUGAGUUUGAUCCUUUGAAGAAUAGCAAGAGGCCGUAUACCGAUGAUGCGGAGCAGCCGCUGAAGAGUGUGUUUGACUCGGAUAAGAGUGAGGGAGGAUUGGCGUGGUCGGAUUCAAGACGGAGGAGGGGUGGAUGGCAGCAGUGGCUCGUUCCCAGCAAGUUUUGCUGUGCGCUUAUGCUGUUGUUUGUGGCAACAUUGGUGCUGUUGCUGAGUGCUGGUGGGAUCUGGGUGUACAAGUCCGCGGGUGUACCUGAGGAUGGGGAGUCGGAUGCAUGGUAUCCUUCGCCGAAAGGCGGGGUGACAGAGAGGUGGAAGGACAGCUAUUCGAAGGCGAAGGAGAUGGUGGGAAAGAUGACGCUGGUGGAGAAGGUCAACGUUACGUCGGGAACCGGUUGGAUGAUGGGGCCUUGUGUGGGUAAUACAGGACCUGUGGAUAGGCUUGGAUUUCCAAGCCUCUGUCUUCAGGACGGCCCUCUUGGCUUGAGGUUCGUGGAUAAUGCGUCUGCGUUCCCUGCUGGUGUGACUGUGGGAGCGACUUGGAACAAGGACCUGAUGUAUCAGCGAGGCAAGGCGCACGGCUUCGAGGCGAAGUUGAAGGGCAUCAAUGUCAUCCUGGGCCCUUCAAUGGGUCCGCUUGGGCGCCUGCCCGCUGGUGGAAGAAACUGGGAAGGCUUCGGCGCCGAUCCAGUAUUACAAGGCAUUGCGUCGGCCGAGACGAUUCGCGGCAUUCAAGAGUCUGGCGUCAUGGCUACAGCGAAGCAUUUAGUUGGCAACGAGCAAGAGCACUUCCGACAGUCUUGGGAGUGGGGUCUGCCAAACGCCAUCUCAUCCAACAUCGACGACCGAUCAUUGCAUGAACUAUACGUCUGGCCAUUCGCAGAUUCGGUGCGAGCUGGUGUGGCGUCGGUGAUGUGCUCUUACAACCAAGUCAACAACUCGUAUGCUUGCCAGAACAGCAAGCUCAUGAACGGCAUUCUGAAGGACGAGAUGGGCUUUCAGGGCUUUAUUCAAAGCGAUUGGCUUGCGCAGAGAUCAGGUGUCGCAAGUGCUCUUGCAGGUCUCGACAUGACCAUGCCGGGCGAUGGACUCAAAUGGCAAGAUGGCAAGACUCUGUGGGGCGGUGAACUUACCAAGGCCGUCCUGAAUGGCUCGGUUCCUGUUGAUCGCUUGAAUGAUGCCGUCUUGCGGAUUGUGGCAGCUUGGUAUCAGCUUGGACAAGACGACACCGAGGUCUGGCCCAAGCGCAUCGAGAGCAGCUCGGCGACAUUCAGCAGCUGGACUGACGAGGAAGAAGGCAAGCUACAUCCCGGUUCCCCUGGUGACGAAGAGACCGCCGUGGUCAAUCAGUUUGUCCCGGUUCGUCAGACUGAUGAGGGUGGCGACCACGAUGAGCUGGGCCGAAAGAUUGCCACUGAGGGCAUCGUUCUAGUCAAGAACGAUGACAAUGUGCUACCGAUCAAGCCAGAUGGCUCCAACAUCCACAGCACGAGAUACGGCAAGUCGUUCGGCGAGUCCAUCAAGAUCGGUAUCUUCGGCGAAGACGCCUUCUCCAAUCCGAGAGGACCCAACGCAUGCGAAGAUCGAGCUUGCAACGAGUAUACGCUUGGUGUGGGCUGGGGCUCGGGUGCUUCUCAGUUCCCGUACCUCAUAUCGCCUUUCGACGCUCUCAAUGCGACUUUCAAUCAUUCAUCAGUCAAGGUCACCACCCAUGACCGACAAGCUCCGAAACAUGCUGGUGGUAUUGCUGAGAACCAGGACCUCUGCAUUGUAUUUGCCACCUCUGACGCAGGCGAGGGAUAUAAGAGCUGGGGCCCCGUCAAAGGCGAUCGACCGAAUCUACUGACGCAGAAGCAUGGCGAUACUCUCAUUACUGAGGUUGCGAAGAAGUGCGGCAAUGCGUACCAGAGUACCACGGCUGCGGCGAACACGAUCGUUGUGCUGCAUACUGUUGGACCUGUCGUCCUGGAGCAGUGGAUCGACUUGCCUGGAGUGAAAGCCGUACUUAUUGCGCACUUGCCAGGACAGGAGUCUGGCAAUGCUCUGGCAGAUGUCAUGUUCGGCAAAGUCAGUCCCUCGGGUCAUUUGCCAUACACGAUCGCGAAAGAUGAGGACGACUACGGCCCAGACAGCAAGAUCUUGACCAUGCCCAAGAACCUCGUACCUCAGCAGAACUUCACCGAAGGCUUGUAUAUCGACUACCGCUAUUUCGACAAGCACAACAUCACUCCACGGUACGAGUUCGGUUACGGCCUCUCAUACACCGAAUUCCACCUUUCGUCUGUCGUGGUCGAAACGCACCCAGCGAGAGGUGACAUCCCAGCUACUCGGCCUUCACUACUUUCGCCACCAUCUCUUGACGACUCGAUACCAGCUGCCUCGAGCGCUGUCUGGCCUGAUGGCUUCAAGCCUCUGAAGAAAUUCAUCUAUCCCUACAUCGACUCUGCUUCGGAAGGCAGCCCCAACGGCAAGCCUGAAUUACCCUACGAUCCCGAGAAGCCGCAUUCACUCUCCCCAGCCGGCGGCGGCGAAGGCGGAAACCCAGAUCUCUACACUUCCGUAGCAACAGUCCGUGCAACACUCACCAACCUCGGCAAGGUCGCCGGCUCAAGCGUUGUGCAGCUGUACAUCUCAUACCCUCCGAAAGUCAAGGACUCCACCGGCGCUAUCGUGGACACGCCCGUCAAAGUGCUGCGCGGGUUCGAGAAAGUCGCCGUCGGCAUCGAGAACGAGAGCAAGCGACAGCCGGUGCAGUUCAAUCUGACGAGGAGGGACUUGAGCUAUUGGGAUGUGAAGCGACAGAACUGGGUGAUGCCUCGGGGUGACUUCACUGUCCAUCUGGGUUUCAGCAGUCGGGACUUGCCGGAGAAGGUUACUCUGAAUCCUUUUGGGAUUUGA